AUGUCUGAAAACCAGUCGUCUCCACCUGCUCCAGACCCUCCUGCCAUUUCUCCAAACUAUCUCCAAGACACUUACACGGUCGACGAGAGUAUUGAAAAGAGAGAAAUGCUGUCUCCAGUUUCCCCCCGACCGGUUCAUGUAGCUGAACCAGAUGACAACCUAGUGUUGAGGAACCAGAUGGAUCCUGUUUUUAAUUCCACUGAUACCCACACGAACCCACACCAGCCCAUUCCGGAUUUCAAUAGUCUCGGGUUUGGCGGGAGCCAUCCUCACACCUUAGGUUCCUCCACCUCUUGGAUUGAGCAGCAGCAAUCACACUCACAACAGCAGCAAAACAUGCCGAUGUCAUCCACCUCUGCCACAAAUAAUACAAAUGGUAGUAUCCCAUCUUCAUUACCUUCGUCAUCAUCAUCUUUAGCCGCGGAUCCCAUCGUCAGGAACGCACUCCCAUCUGCCAUCAACUUUGGGAACGGUAAUGUACCUGAUGCUAUUAAUGGAACGAAUGGAGUCAUGAUGAACAAGGAUUCCUCUUCUCUUGCUGCUGCCGACUCUACAUCGGUCACUCCUCCAAGAGCCCAUGUUUAUUCUCUACCAAACAGUCUGACAAACAAUGUCGACCUCCAAGCUCUUUUGACAAAGCUCUCCCCGAGCAUGACACAACAAACAGUAUCUCCGCAGAGUUCACAAGUUACAUCUGCUACCGUCCCUGCUGCUGCUACUGUAACUGCUCCUGCUGCUGCUCCUCCUGCUCCCGCUCCUGCCCAUGUCUCGUCUCCUUCCCAGGCUCGAGUCCCAUCUCUUCCAAAGCCUCCUACGCAGGCUCAACACCGGCAACAAGUUCCGGACUCUCCAACCGGUACUGAAGAAAAUGAGGAAGAUAAUCGUCCAUUUACCGCUGAAGAAGAGGAAGCGUACGAUAGAUUUCUGUCCGAUGAGCGUGAUUACGUGACUCAAGGCCAGUGGGACAGGUUUCCUGCGGGUUCACGACUUUUUAUUGGUAACUUGCCAACUGAAAAGGUCACCAAACGUGAUUUGUUUCGUACAUUCCACAAGCAUGGACGCUUAGCCCAGGUUUCAAUUAAGCAAGCAUAUGGGUUUGUUCAAUUCUUGGACACCGCAUCAUGCGCGUCUGCCCUCCGCUUUGAACAAGGAGCAUCAGUGAGAGGACGUAAAAUGCACCUUGAAGUUUCCAAGCCCCAAAGAAACACUAGACCACCUCCGUCAGAUUCGAACCCUUCACGUGGGGCCAAUCGUCGUUCCCGUUCUCCUGAUUAUGGUCGAUCCAUGUCUCCUCGCGGCCGUGGUGGUUCUACCUUCCGUGGUGGCAGAAACAGUGGUGAUUUCACGGACCGUGGAUUCACCCGUGGUGGUAGGGACGCCCGUGACCAUGAAUAUCCUGCGCGGAGAUCGUCACCCCCACCAAGAUAUAGGGCCCGCGAUGAUUACCGCCCACACCAUCGCGACCGUACCCGCUCGCCACCGGGUAGAUAUCGCCAACGCACCCGCUCUCCCCCGGUUGUUGAAGAAUUGCCACGAAGAGAUCCCAAAGAGGUGCCGGAGGUUCAAGCUCUAGUUAUGGAUGAGGUUGAUAGGAAUUUUAUUUGGUGGAUCGAAAAGUCUUUCAGAGAUCGCGGUCUCAGCUUUGAUUCCGUAUUCUUGAAUCCACGCAUACCCCUCGAGCCAUUGGUAAAGCAACAAAUUCUUGAGGGGGUGCAGGCUAUAGUCUUCCUGAGCCGCCAGAUGCAGGGAAGCAGCAAAAUCUCGAUACAAGUGUUUGAUCGCCGCGGGGACGGAGAAGCUACUUAUGAUCAGUACGAUGAUCUCGACCCAAGCAUUGCUGCUGAGAUAGUAUAUCGAGCGAAGUUAGCUCAUGCACCCCAACCCCCUAUGCAAGUGCCGACUUAUGGUGGAUAUGGCAUCCCGCAACAGCAGCAGCAGCAGCAACCCCAACAGCCCCAGCAGCAACCCAUGUUGCAGCAAGCUGCUAUUCCUAACCUUGCAAACGUUCUUGGAGCUCUUGACCCUGCAACGCUGAAAACCUUGCUCGCAAAUCUUCAGCAGCAGCAGCAACCGCAGCAGCCGCAGCAGAUGCAGCCGCAGAUACAUCAACAGCACCAGCAGCACCAUCAGCAGCAGCCCCACAUGCUCCAAGCACAACAGCCUCAACUCGGGCAAGACCUUGCAGCGCUCUUGUCUCUGCCCCUGCAGCAGCAGCAGCAGCAGCAGCAGCCACAACAGAACCAUAGCCUUAACAAUAACAGCAAUCCUUACGGUGUCCAACCAAAUCCAGGCUACGGACCGAAUGCCGGGCUGGCAGCUCUAUUAGGUCAGGUCCAGCAAGGUAAUGUGCAGGUCCCUCAACAGGGACAAUCCCCCGCUCAAAUGCAGGCCAUUAUGGAUGAACUCGUUAGGUGGCAGCCAAACAAGCCUCAGAAUUAA